AUGACUAUGAGUACAAAUAACUGUGAAAGCAUGACAUCAUACUUCACCAAUUCCUACAUGAACUCAGACAUGCACGGCCACUACCCGGGGACGGGCGUGGACGGGCUGGACACGAGUCAGCAGAUGUACAGCCAUCAUAACCAGGCCCACGCGAAUCAGGCAAAUAUGCCUCCAUAUCCGCGAUUUCCUCCGUACGAUCGCAUGGGCUACUAUCAGCAGACGAUGGAUCCGGCCGGGUAUGCACGGGCAGACAGCCCAUCGAGUCAGGUGGGUGGCGUGAUACCUCCUCAGACGAAUGGCAAUCCUCUGCAGCAGACGCAAGUACAACCCCAGCAACAGCAACCCAUCGUUUACGCGAGCUGUAAAUUACAGGCUGCCGUCGGUAACGGUCCGAACGGGCUAGGCUCUUAUGGAGCCGAGAACGGGUCUCCACCGCUGGAACAGAUGGGGCAUCACAUGAGCACGGCACAAAUGACAAUACCUCAGCACCACAUGGGUCAUUCGCAGGGGCAGGAGUGCUACCCAGAACAAGUACACCAGAACCCGCAGCAUAUGGGCAUGUAUACGAAUACCGGUGGAGGCCCACCGGGAGUUGUUCCACAGCAACCGCCAAAUAUGAUGCAUCAGCAACCUCCUCAGCUGCAUCAAGGACAGCAGCCACCGCCAAAUAGUCAGAACACCAGCUCUGGGCUCCAAUCACCAUUGUACCCAUGGAUGAGGAGUCAGUUUGAGCGAAAGCGUGGUCGCCAAACUUACACCCGUUAUCAAACGUUGGAAUUGGAGAAGGAGUUUCACUUCAAUCGCUACCUUACCCGGCGACGAAGGAUUGAAAUCGCUCAUGCCCUUUGUCUCACAGAGCGGCAGAUCAAGAUUUGGUUCCAGAACCGACGGAUGAAAUGGAAAAAGGAAAAUAAAACCAAAGGGGAACCUGGUUCGGGAGAUGAGAACGACAUGACACCACCGCAGUCUCCAGCAUAA